AUGGCAAAAGAUGGUGGUGGAGCUGCUAGAGCAAAGAAUUUUCCGGCAGGGUGGAAUGCGGCGGCGAAGUCAUGUGACUACUGCAAGUCCACAGCGGCGCUGCUCUUUUGCAGGGUGGACUCUGCCUAUAUGUGCAUGGCUUGUGAUGCCAAGGUCCACAAAAAUAUCAGCCACGAACGUGUAUGGAUGUGUGAGGUGUGUGAGCAGGCGCCGGCCACCGUCACUUGCAAGGCGGACGCUGCCGCGCUUUGCGUCACCUGCGACCGUGAUAUUCACUCCGCCAACCCCCUCUCCAGCCGCCACGAACGUGUCCCGGUGAUUCCUUUCUUCGACACAGCCGAGUCAGUCGUGAAGUCGACUGCAACCACCGGACUUUUGCCCAUGAGUGAUUCCACUAGCAACGUAUUCGUCAGCUCCAAUGAAUCCUGGAAUAUUUCUGCAAAUCCGGAUGCAAUAAAACUCGGCGCCCCCGUCACGGUGGAGGAUAUGAAACCGGUGGAAUUCUUGUUUACCGACACGGAACAAUUCCUGGAUUUCGAUUAUCCGAUUUGCUCACAAGUUGACAGUGUUGUCCCCGUACCAACAAUCAAAAUUCCUCCUGUUCCAACUCAAUUGACUGAUUUUUCAUCAGAAAAUCGAGCCGAGAUUGGUUUCACAAGAUCCAACAUCAAUUCAUACAACAGUAGCUUCACCACCCCUUCUCUCAGUCUCAGUGUAUCGUCAUCCUCGCUGGACGUAGGGAUUGUGCCUGAUGGGAGUUGUGUGUCUGAUACAUCGUACCCUUUUGCUCGAACCAUGAGUAGCAGCGUCAAUCCGAGUGGAAAUCAGCUGUCGGGAAUGGACAGGGAAGCGAGAGUUUUAAGGUACAAAGAGAAGAGAAAGAAUAGGAAAUUCGAGAAGACGAUAAGAUAUGCUUCUCGGAAGGCCUAUGCCGAAACAAGGCCAAGAAUAAAAGGUCGAUUUGCCAAACGAACAGAAAUCGAAUCUGAAAUUGAUAGAAUGUUUAGUUACGGCGUUGUUCCAUCACUGCUGUGA